AUGAGAUGGCUUCUCCUCAGCGACAUUCACUUCAAACAUCAUGACCUCGACAGAAUCCGCCAAACAGCACAAUGGAUCAUAUCGGCCGCCGCCCACCACAAACCCGCCCGGGUAAUCGUCUGCGGCGACCUGUUGACAAGCCGCACAAUGCAACCCACCCACGUCCUAUCCGCCUGCUACCGCUUCAUCAGUCACCUAAGCGACAUUGUCCCACGCAUUCACAUUAUUCUCGGAAAUCACGAUCUCGCGUAUAAACGUGAUUAUCAGACAACCGCCCUGGAAGCGCUGAAUUUCAAGAGGCUUGCCCCACAUGUUUCGGUUCAUAGCGUCAUCGCGAAACAUGAGUGGGAUGGACGACGGGUUCUAUUGUUGCCGUUUCGGGAGGAGCAGGAGGAGCUUACGGAUGCUGUUGAUGCGAUUGACGCUCAAGAGGCGCGUGAGACGGUUGCUUUUGCGCAUUUGGCGAUUAACAAGGCUAUCACUCAGAAGUUUGUGCCGAAUGGGACGAAUUCUGUUAGGUAUUAUGGUUUGACGGGGCCGGAUCGCUUUGCGUCUUUGGCGAGAACUUUUACUGGCCAUUUUCACAGUCCUCAAACAAUUAUUCAGGAUGGUCGCCAAAGCGAUGAUUUGCAGGGAAGUCUUACGUACUUGGGCUCGCCUUGCCAGUUGAACUGGGGAGAUCUUCAUGAUGAGCAGCGCGGUGUUGUUUUAUUGGACCCCGACACGCUUGAGCAUGGAACGCUGGUUAAUCCGCAUGCCGUUGGGUAUAUCGCCGUUGACUUGGAAAAGGUUCUUACGGGCGAGAUCGGCGAAGAGACUGUCAAGGACAAGCAUGUCAUGCUCCUCGGCAGCCCUUCGCACCUCAAAUACGUCACCGCUCGCGAUCAACUUCUUUCUCUUGGUGUUCGAAGUGUGCGUAACUGGACUCAUACGAAUUUUGCCCCGAAUGCCAAUCGACGGCCGGUCGAAAGUCUUGGUGCGUCAGUACCCGCCAGCGACGCCGCCAUACAACCUUUGGAGGAGCCUGUCGAAAGCGCGACCGAUAAAGGUCUGGUUCCGGCGACCGAUGGUACCGCCGAAGCUACUCUGGACGCCCCGCCUGAAGUUGAAAGACUUGAUCUGCUUGCUGAAGCGCGCGAAUAUGUCGAUUUAUUGGAACUGGACGAGUACCUUCACCCGCGACGAGAAGAAUUAGUUCGAGUUGGCCAGCGCAUGAUCCAAGCUUCACGCAACAUGCCCGACCAGGACAGCGAAAUGGAGAUCAACUACGAAGAUUUUCUCGACAGAUCAGCUCAAGCUCUUGGCACAAGUUCCGACAGCGGUCUUGCAGGGGAAUUUACCAACAUCUUCGUCGCGGAGCCCCGCCGGCUUACAGUCACCAACUUCCUCGGCAUACAAGACACCAUCACUAUCGAUUUCCAACGCGAUGUUCCACGCGGACUGACUUUACUCGUCGGUGAUAACGGUUCUGGAAAAAGUACGCUGAUCGAGGCUGUAGUAUGGUGUCAAUUCGGCCAAUGCAUCCGCAAUGGCCUGGCAGCCAACGACGUCCUCAACGAUACCGUUGGCAAAGAUUGUUCCGUGAAACUAGAGUUCGCCAACGGUUACGCCAUAACACGCUAUCGGAAACACAAAGUCCACAAGAACCGCAUCGUUGUAUCUCUACAUGGCGAAGAUCAGCCUCAUCUCGAACAUCCAACCUCGCGAACGACACAGGCUGCCAUUAAUGAGCUUCUGGGAACAGACUACGACACAUACGUCAGGAUUGUGCUACUGAGUCAAGAAAGUGCAGCGAGCUUUUUAAACUCGACGCCAAUUCAGAGACGAGAAUUGAUCGAGUCGUCGCUUGGACUCCCAAUAUUGGAUCAUUGUGGACAGAUGUCCAAGAUGCUGCUGAAGGAUAUUGAUACACAGGUUAGCGAGGUCGAGGGAAAGUUGGAGGCCGUCAAACGGACUAUGGAGUACAGCGAGGAAAGGCUUGAAGAGCUUGACAAGACGCGUCGACGACUUGAGAGUCAGGCGGCCAAGGUUGUUGCGUCUUUGAAGGCGAAAGCUGAGGAAGAUCAACCAGAGCGUCAUGAGGAGCGAACCACCGCCAGCGAGGAAGAUGAGCCUGAAAGCCACGAGCAGGAAACCCCGGCCGCCACCGAAGAAGCUGAAUCUGGCGUGGCUACUCGCGAUAGAAUCGCGACACUCCAGAAACAGAUCCGUGCCAAGAAGGAUACCCUGCGGCAGCUGAGGAGCGAACUUGAUGCUAUGGAGGCGGCUAUUGACGCAGCUCGUCCCGUCGGUCUGCGGAAGUUCCUACUUGACAUACAAGCUGCUAUCAGCCGCUUUCUCAGAAAUCUGCGAUCUUUAUUCGGAUUCAAGGAUGACCUGGAGGAAACUGCGUCGCAAACUCAAGAUGAGACUGCAACUAUUCGCCAAAACAUCGAAACCAGCACAUCACAUAUAGAAAGUCUUAAACGCAAGGAAAAGGCAGCAAUCAACCACGCAUUGAUGAUGAGCGAACAAGCCGCACAAGCAAUGAAAGCUCAAAAAGCUCGCGAGAAAGCACGAGAAGACGCUCAGAGAGCUCGAGAGGAACAACAACAAAUAGCCCAACAAGCCCGGGAAGACCUACGUCAACAAGUCGCUGUUAAACAACGCGACGCAGUCAUAUACAAAAACCUGGCCGAAACCGAAGAAUCUUCUCUACAAUCUUUGAAGUCGGAGUACAAAGCGCUUCGGAAGCAGCGACAUGGUAUUAUCUCUGAUCGCGAGCUCUUUAAUUUUUGGUCCUCGUCACUUACGAAACGUACCAAACGCGCAACGAAGGGCAAGGCGGCUACGACUAAUUUCCGGGAGCAUAUUCUCCACAAGGUCAUUUCUGAACUCAACAGUCUUCUCGCACAGGUUCUUACGGUGUUAUACGAUGACACGCGCCACCAACACAUAGCAACAGGAAUGCUUCGCUCCCUCCUCGAAGAGCCCGACGUUCUCGACCCCACUCUCGCCGUAUCUCCUUCUCUGGCCUACGGUAAACGGUCCAGCGGUGAACGCAAAAGGGUUGACUUGGCGCUCUUUUUCGCACUUCUCCAACUUGCCCGUGCAAAAAGCGCACAUCGCGCACAUUAUGUGUUAGUUGAUGAAGUUUUCGAUAAUUUGGAUAAUGCGGGGCAAGCAGCUGUUAUGAGAUGGCUGGGCGUCAUGUCGCAGACUGUUGUGGGGUGGGUUAUUGUUAUUACGCAUAGUCAGUUUUUGAUUCAGAGGGAGGUGGAGGAGAAGGUGGUGGUUGUGAGAGCGCAGAUGGGUGGGGAGGGGACCGAGUUGUUUGUUGGUGAUGAGAGGAUGGGGAAGGAGUAG